GAAGACUGCAAAUGAAUCUGUUAAAAAAUAAUUAUGUCUAUUCAUCAUGGACAUUGGCAGGUCAAUAUUAAUUCUUUGGAGUUUUCUAGUUUAAACACCAUCAUGAUCAUGUAUAAAAUUAGGUUGGUGAUUAGAAUUUUUAAAAUUCUGUGAAGUAUUAAUAAGAAAAUGUAUUAAUUUUGAAGGCAAUAUAUAUUUUUGUAAGAGUAAUAAAUUCAACCAUACACCAUUGUGCAUGUACAGUGUAUGGCUCCUACAAAUAUAUUCAUAUGAUUUCAUCAUGUUCAUUCUAAAUAUUGUGUUCAUUUUAUUGCAUCAGAAAUUGUUUUAAAACAGUAAAAUACUACAAGUCUGAAUUCUGUAUUCUAAAUACAUUGUACCAUGAAUACAUGUACAUGAAAUAGUCAUGAAAAUAAUACAAUAAAUUGAAGAAAAAAUUUUGCACAUACAUGUAAUACAUGUAUUAUUUUUCCAAGUUCUUAAAAUAGCUCUACAUUUAUUUGUUUCUGUCUGUGUACACAUUGUUUAUGGUACAAUGUAGUUGCAGUUAAUUAAUGAUGCCAGAUGGCCUUGCUUUUCAGGAAGUGAUCUGAUAAAACAAUGCACAUGUACAUUUCUAAUUGUAUAAUUUUCAUGUUUAAAGGGCUGUCAACAUUCUAGUAUACUCAUGUUUCCUAUCACCAUGUGACAACAUGCAAUAAACAGGAAAGGCGUCAUUUAUCAUAUUUAUUGAUUGCCAGAGACGGAUUUAGGGGGAGAGGGGGUUGAGUUCCCCCCAUUAUGGAGCUUUAUAAAUGAUAAAUGCAUUAACUUUUUACAAGGAUCACUCCAAACGGUGGCUUGCCUUUUUAUGACAUAUUUGAGCAAUAUAAAGGUGUGUUGGAUGGUCAAUACUACAUGUACAUAAAAAGAGCUAAUCAAGUAGUCCCAUUCUUUUUAAGAUUUUUGAUAAAACACAACUUUAUUUUCUGUGUCAGAUGUUCAUUCCUAGUAUAUUUAACUUCAUCAACUGUACAAUUGUAGCUGCACUUAAACUCUGCCAACAACCACCACCAAUAAAAAACCAAAAACAUGCUGAGAGUAAUAAUAUUUGAAAUAGCAUUUUAACCUUGGAAUGUAUAACAUGUUUAAAGAACAUGAAGAAAAAAAAAGUUAGUUAAGAAAAAAAUUCAACUUUUAAACUGUUCAUCUGGUUUAUGCUUUUUGAAAAAUUUGGAACUAAUUAAUUUUGUACAUGUACAUAAUGUGUAUGAAUUUAAUAUUUUUGCUCGUUUUUGAUAUUAUACUUGUAUGUUAAAAUUUUGUCAUGACUGUUUUAUCAAUAUGACAAAAAAAACAGGUGAAGGGGGUUAAAUGUGGUGAUUGAUGCAGUGAAUAGUUUUUGUAAAAGUGGUCACCAUAAAGAAAAAGUACAUGUAACAUAACAAAUUGGUAUGGUUUGAUUUAAAAUACUUUUGGACUAUGUGGUUAAAAAACAUAUUCACAUAUAUAUGUUUGUAAAUGAAUUAGAUAAACAUGGUUUAACUUCAUUGUUUGUGGUUACAGAUUAUUUAUGUUUAUACAAUACCAGGGAUAAUUGUAGCACUUUAGAUUGUUGAGUCCAUGGCACAAUUCUGUAAAUUUUGGUGAGAUCUACUGUUCAAUGUAAGAUUCUAAUAUUAGAAAUUUAUUUUAGUGAGCUGAGGACUCAUUAAGGCUAGUUGCAAGGAUCCCUGAGAUAUUUUAUUUUUUCAAACUUUGUAUUUUUUAACUGAUAAUUUCUUUUCAGCUUUUUAUUAUAAUUAUAUGCAAUUAUUGUGUAUCUUGCAUAUAAAAAUUAAGUUUAAUUUUAUACAGAAAGAGGUGUACUGUGCAUAAAAGAAUAAAUAAAUAUCAAUAAGAAAUUAGAGACUAUAUCAUAAAUAUGACAUUUGACAUUUGAAGAAAGACUAAAAAUAUUCAAGGAGCUUUCUGUGUUGGAGAAUUAUUCAAGGACAAGAUAAAGAACUUUUUCUAACAGUGACAAUUCAACAUGUCUGCUUAUGGAAACGAUUGUCAUUUCUACUACAAUUCUAAUUGUACAAAGGGUGAAAAUUGUGCCUUUAGACAUUGUGAAGCAGCUAAGAGUUCUAUGGUGACCUGUACAUUCUGGCAACAAGGAAUCUGCUCGAAACCUAAUUGUCCGUACAGACAUGCAGAACUGCCUCCGACUGAUGUGUUUGAGAGAAAUAGACAAGGCAUACCAUGUUAUUGGGAGAACCAGCCAGUAGGUUGUACUCGUUCUAAUUGUCAGUACCAACAUUUUAAAACUAGACCAGUGGUUCAAGGUGCACAACCAUUGCAGACUCAGCCGAUUUUAUCAGAAAAUCAGUUGCCAGAUACCAGCUUUCCUCCCCCAUUGUUUGGACAGCAGCCACCUAUUCAACAAUUGACUGCAAUACCUGGGGCACCAGUAAUACAGCCUGUUGUUGUUCAUUUCUCAGAUUCAGAAGUUGAGAGUGACAAAAAUUCACCUGUGAAAAGUAAGAAACUCUUAGAGCCAGAAAGUACAAAAGUGAAAUUACAGUCACUAGAUACAACCAAAACUGACACAAACAAUCUGUCAUCGUCAAGAACAGUCACAACUUCUGAUUUAUCAUCUUUGAGAACAGUCACAGUAUCUAACCAGUCAUCUUUGAGAACAGUCACUGCACCUAAUCAGUCAACCUUGACUGCUGUUGUUCCAUCCCAGACAAUUACACCUAUUCAGUCAGGCAUAUCAGCUUUCACAUCAGUGCAGCCUUCAUCCAUACCAUCAUCAAUUCAGUCCAUCACUUCAAUAAAGCCAGUAUUACCACAGACAGUGCAGACCAUCCCUGUUGUUUCUAAGCAGGCAACAGUUGCUACUAUCCCAGAGAUAGACUACUUUAUUGGCACACCUUUUUUACCAAAGUCAAUUAAGUCCCCUCCACAGUCAUCUCCAAAAUAUGAUUCUAGUCCAGACAGAAGAAGCUAUGAUAGCAGAUAUAGCAGAUCUCCUACCCCUCGAAGUAUGUCUCCAUGGAGAAGAAGGUCAAGAUCACCUUCACCUAGGAGAAGUAGGUCUCCAAGAAGGCGAUCCCCAUUUUACUCAAGAGAUCGUAGUAGGUCACCAAGAAGAUGGUCUCCCAGGUACAGAAGUCCCUCUCCAAGGCGCAGAAGUUCAUCUCCUAGAAGGCGCACUCCUCCAAAAAAUUCAGUAUUUAGACCUCAGGACAGUUAUUUACCAAGUCGAAGACCGGUCCAUGAACGUUUGAAUAGGGAUAGGAAUUACCCAUCAACAUCUUUAAACAGGGGACGACCUGAAGGUGUUCCACAGAAAAAAAUCAAUCUCAGCAAAAUUAAAGAUAAAACAGAAAGUGAAGAGGAUAACAUCAAAGUCAAAUCAUUAGAGGAGAUACAGCGAGCAAAAGCAUUGUUGUCAAUGGGAUUAAUUGAACUGAAGAGUGGAAAAAUUGUCAAAAUUUGUGAAGCAAACAAAUACCAAGAGGAGGAUGAAGCAGAAGAAGAGAAGAAAGCACCUCCAAAGAAAAAGAAAAUCGUCAAAAAAAUAUCUUCCAAAAGUAAGAAAGUUGAAAACAAAACAAAACCCGUAGUGAAAAAGGUGGAGAAAAUUGAAAAGAAGGAAGAAAGUGAAGAGGAAAAGGAAGAGGAGGAAGAAAACUUUGAUGAUGGAGAUGACUUAGGGGAAGAACCAGAAAUUGAUAUCUGUGAGGCAACAGAGGAGUGGGAAGAACAAGAAUUUCAGAAGGAGGAAUCACAGGAUGAGGAUGAGGAGGUAGAAGAUGAAUCAGAACAAGAGGAGGAGGAAGGGGAGGAAUCUGAACCCGAACCUGAACCUGUAGAGUAUCAACAGGAUAUAAGAAGGGCUGUGAGAAAGGAAGAUGUAGAGAAAAAGAUAAUUCAGACAUCUUCACAAGUAAAAAGAAAAAGGAAAGUUAUUGUGGACGAAGAGGAAAAGAAAAGCAAAGAUGCAACUAAAGUCAGUGUUCAAAGCCGAUUAGGACGUAAACUAAACACACCUGAUGUUAGAGGCACUAAACAUGCUAAACCACAACUGUCUCGUCACUCUGCUGAAGCUAAAGUUACCAAUCUUCAGAGAUCACUGAUCAAAGCUAGUGUAAAAUCUAGAUUGGAGAUGAAAAAAGUAAAACCUGAGGAUAAAGUUGACAAUCUUCAGAGAUCACUGAUCAAAGCUAGUGUAAAAUCUAGGCUGGAGACGAAAAAAGUAAAACCUGAGGAUAAAGUUGACAAUUUGACAAGAGGAACUAUAAAAUUAUCUACUGGAGGUAUUAAAAGUCGUCUGGGCAUUGGUGCAAAUGUUUCUUCCUCAAAAUCUGACACUAUAAGCAUAGAGCCAAGGACAAUUUCCAUGAAAAGGACAAUUGAAAAUGAUCAACAAGAUCAGGUUAAGAAAGAGGUAUUGAAAAAGCGAAGAUGGAACCAAGGGUCAAUUAAAAGCAGGCUUGGAGAUAGUGCUAGUGACACAAGUGUUACAGACAGUGAUCUUAAAAAGAUCGUCAUUGUCCGUAACUUAGGUGACGAGGACAGUUCGCGAGACGGAAAUAGACAAAAAGAGACGAGGGAAUCUGUACAAUCAGCUUCAAAUGAAAAUACAAGUCAGAUUAAAAGUACAUUAUCUCGUAUCAAUAAAAUCAUUGAGGAUAAAAAAGUGACUCAGGAACCUGGGGCCCUUAACAAGGGUCGAGGUAAACUAAACGUCUGGAGUUCCAGAGUAUCGGAAACUAUUGCAGCUGUUGCACCUACAAAGAAAGAGUCAAAUAUAGAUCUGUUUGAUUCCUCCAGUAAUGAUUCCUUGGCUGCUGAACAUGGAAUGUCCAAAAUAGAAACUAAAAAGGGUCCAAAGAUAGAAAGAGCAUUGUAUGUUCCUCCUGCUCGUAAACGUACAGUGACUUCCUAUGAAGAAGAAUAUGAUGAGAGCAGUAUUUCACCACCUAAAAAAUCUCACAAAAAACAUAAGGAAAAGAAAUCUGAGCCAGAAACUAUCAAGACAUAUUCUCAGAUAAUGGAAGAGAAAAGGAAGAAACUUGAGAAACAAAGAGAAAAGAAGGCUAAAACUGAAGAAAAGUCUAAAAGAAAGAAAAUUACCCCUAUUGGUUUUAGUGAUAAGGAAAAUGAAACCAUUUUGAAUGAAAUAGCAGAACCAAAGAAGUCUCCAAUUAAAACAGAGGUACCAGACACAAAAAGUGGUUUGUUGGAGACUUUCAGCUUUACUCUCCAAGAAAGCACAGAUAAUCCAGCCCAGUCUGACCAAGUUGAUAGUUCUACAGAACAUUUAGAAUUGUUAUCAACUUCAGUUCCUGAAAAUUCCAAAGAGGAUACUGAUGACCUUCUUGAGAUGUCACCUACCAAGAAGACUAGUGAUGACUCAUGGUUGGAGUUUAGUAAAGAAGAUUUAGAUAUGACUGGAUGUGAACCUGCUGACGAUGACGACCUUCUCAGGGAAAUUGAUGAAUUAUUAGCGUGAUUCAACAGAUUUAUUGACACAACAAUUUUUUAUGAUGACCAAAGACGUGGAAAUUUUACCUGACUGUGAUAAUUUUAAUUCAUCAGUGCUAUAUUGUGUGAAAAAACAGUUGUUAGGUUUACAGAAGAUGAUUCACAAUGAAUUAUGAUACUUUUAGUUGAAGAUUACAAUAAAGGAAAAUUGAAUUUAUUAUACAAAUCAUGUAAAAGUAAAUCUACUGUCAUGAAUUUUCCAAUGAAUUUAAGAUUAUAAUUUAAAUCUGAUUGACUCUGUUAAUAUUCGAUAAUCAUUGCUGAGUAAAACAUUGGUCUAACUUUAUAGUGCAAUAUCAUAAACAACAGAUCAAUGGAUUAACAUUUUGAUCUCAAUACCACAAAUUGUAUAGAAACAAGAUGGGUGUGUAUAUAAUUUGUUGAUCUCUUAAUAUUAAAAGUUGUUACUCGU